UUAUUCCUCAACCGUUACUUGAAAGUUGACCGUUACUAUCAUGUCCUUCAGUACGCAGUCAACGAGUCCUAUGGGCGUAGAUGGUGUCGUACGUUGUUUACAUGGCGAAGCCGCAACGCGGAGGACCAGUCACACGUCCGAUAAUCCUAACCGCGACUUCUACACUUGUGCGAGACGGAACAUGAGCGAAAAGUGCAGAUUCUUUUAUUGGGUAGACGACCCUAUUUUCCAACGACAGAAUAUUAGGGUAUCUCCCCCCGCGCCUGUGCCGUCGAUUCCACCUCCCUCUCAGAGGCAGAGAGCUGAGUUGGCUCGAGGACUGGCUACACCUCAAAAGAGUCCGAGUUCGAGACUAGCAGACAUCGAAGCUGCCUUAAAUGGACCGGGGCCUCAGGCUCCUUCAAUGUUACAACACAACAGCUCCAUUCCACCCCCUUCUCAGAGGCAGACAACCGAGUCGUUUCGAGGACUUAAUACACCUCAAAAGAGUCCGAGGAAGAGGCUAGCAGACAUCGAAGAUGAACCGGUGCCUCAGACUCCUUCAAUGUCACAACACAGCACCUCCCAGCCAAACACAACGGUUACGAACAGCGUUUCGCGCUCGUUUCUUUUCGGAGACCCUCAACCCUCUCAGGCAUCGACGACCGUGGAUUUGGAUGACGGACUGCCAGAAGAAUUCGAACCAUCAAGUAGUGACGAUAACGGUUCAUCCGUGAAUCCGGUCCACUUUGGUCCUGGAGGUGCGGAUCCAAGGACACCAAAGAAGUCCAGAAUUACACCCGUGGAGCCGCCUGCUCACUAUUUGCCAAUGACUCCACCUCAGACUGAUCGCCGCCCCGCCGACACUAAUUUUGGCCAGGGCACCUUCCAAGUCGCAGAUUUUCCGCCUACUCCGACCAGGAACAAAGGCAAGGAGCGGGCAAAUACUGGCGGGGAGCAAAUGACAGCAGGCGCAAAUGCUCCCGUCCCUGGUCCCUCUGAGAGCAGAAGCAACACCCUCGAACGUACCCUCUCUAACCCUUUUAUUGUGGAGGAGAACACUAUCGGCGAAAGAAUUUCUUCGCACCUGGAAUCAUUGAUCGCCUUGUCAGCAGCACCCUAUGUUCUCAAAUUGGAGAAGAGGGUUAGUGCGCUGGAUAAAAGCAAUAAAUUCAAAGCAAAGUAUAUCGAGAACAUGAAGGACUCGGAGAGUGAGAAUACGCGCUUGACAGAAGAGAAUGCGGGUCUGGAGAGGGAAAAUGCCCGAUUGAAGCAAGAGAUUGCUGAUCUCCAGGAGAGGUUACGACAGUCUGAGCAAAGCAGCCGCGUUAAAGAUAUCGAAAUCGCGGCCAUCAAGUCCCGUCGUCCUCCAAAUAUGUGAUUUUGAAUCUAUAAGGAUGGUUUACUUCUUGGUUUCUUUUUGGUCAUAUUGAUGAGGCAAGGAGUUUCUACUGGUCAUGUUCCCAACAUCUUUGCAUUCGGUUCAAAGGCGAUUUCACACAAUGUUCUAGGUAAUCUAUAGUGCGUUCGUGAGGUGUACGGACUCUUUCAGUCAGCUACAUAGUUAUUGUUCAAUAUUUUUGUCUAGGCACAUUUUCUCCUUCUCACCAAUUUACUAUCGCUGCUUCAAAUCUCAAUCUCACGGGGGGAUCUCUGGAGGCAUUAAUCUUGCUGCCAUGUGCGAACCGAUUGAGGAUCCGAGAGCGCCAUCACGGCCACGCA